AACGCUGGCAUCGAUGCAUUAUAAGACUUGUGCCAAUAUUGGGAAGACGUCAUUAAUUUAAAAGUUUUAAGAAGAAGAAGUUUUAUUUCAAAUAAACAAUAACAAAUACUCGCAAGUAAAUUGUUGCAACUUUCGUUAAUAACAGGUAGUGUUUCGGUUAGGUUUUUUUGCGAUAUUAGAACGUUCGAUUGCUGACUGUCAAUAUGGAAGGGAUUCUUUGGAAAUGGACAAAUUAUUGGAAUGGUUGGCAAACACGAUGGUUUAUACUCGAAAAUGGAAUAUUGAGCUAUUACAAAUCCCAGGAUGAAGUGAAGCAAGGCUGCAAGGGAUCCAUAAAAGUGCAAGCAUGCGAAAUAAAUGUAAGUUCAAUAGAUCAUACGCGCAUGGAUCUGGUAAUACCAGGUGAGCAGCACAUGUAUUUAAGAGCAGCAACUUCUCAAGAAAGACAACAGUGGCUGGUAGCUCUUGGAACAGCCAAAGCGUGUGUCCAUAGUAGGCGAGGAAAGGAAAACACCAAAAGUCCUGAUUCAUUAAAAUCAAAGAAAUCCGAAUUAAAGCUCUACUGCGAUUUGUUGAUGCAACAGGUCCAUGUAAUUAAGAAUUCAGCCCAAGCUCCUGAUGGUCCACAAAUUGAGAAUAUGGAUGAAACUACACGGCUUUUAGGCGCAACUUGUGAUACAUUUAUCAAAACGCUGGAUGACUGUAUGAAAUUAGCAGCGAAUGGGAUAUACGAAAUGCCCAUAAACAAUGAAGUUAUUUUGCCUCCGAUUACAAUUAAAAAGGUUUUUAAGCGAUCAAAUUCCGGAAAAACGUGAGGCUAAUGUGGGUUGGAUAACACUUUAUAGAUGCUAUUGCGUCCAAGUUAAAUGUUUUUUUCCUUAAGUGACUGUUCCGAUUUAAUUUACAAGGGCAGUUUUCUUUGCGUAAUUCAGUUUCUACAAUCUGAAAUUAAAUUGAACGAUUAUUUAGUCUGUGAUUAGUGUAAUAUUGAUUUGGAACGUAUUGUAUAAGUACGAGCAAAUUAGUAUGUGAUGAAGGAACUUGCGUAAUCAAUAAUGCCAAAUGACUUAUUUAUUUUAUAUAUUUAUAAACGGUGUAAAUCUG